CACAACACUAACACGUACUAAUGUCAAGGUUAAUUCAAACAAACUCUGUAGCCCAGUUUUUACCACAAUGCGCUCAAGAAUGGACUUACACAUGAGAUUAAUCAUCGCAGAAUCUCUACUGUGUAUCGCUUUCGUGAGUGGAGCUAGUCUUGAAGCAUAUCCUCACAUCGAAGGAAACCUUCCCUAUCCUGGGUACGACUCAAGGACACUAGAACUUCCUGGGUAUCCAGGACCAGAGCAAAACUUUGCCUACACGGAGGUCAUGACUCCGUUCUACCACUACUACUUCUACGCUCCUGCUUUUAAAACAUCUCCAACUGAAGAUUUUAGCCAAAGUAACUUUCACAACUCUUGGAGGACUCCGGAGAAUGGAAUCUUUAUGCAAGAUAGAAACUCACUUCCCCCUAAAAACAUUAAUAAUGGUUACUACCCAACGAUAAACGAUGCUAGCGACCAAAAUGAAAUACUAACACCUGAUCACAAAUUUAGAUAUCAAUUUUUACAAAAUCCAUACUCUACAGUAUUCACACAGGCAUCAUACAAUCCCUCUCAAACUCCUUCCUUUUCCACGACAUUUCUGCCAACAGUGCUUGCAUCAGGUACUCCAAACAUAAUCAGGAAUGAGGAUCAAGGAAAUGUCCAUCAUGACCAAUCUCAAAUUUACGCUUCUUCAUACAAUGAUCACAUACCUCAUACUUUUGAGCCGAACCCAUCGUAUAAACCAGAUCGAAACCCGUCUCUUUUUUCCGCUUCUCCUAACAUCAUCAGAGGUGAAGUACCUUCAGUCAACAAACUUUUCAAGCCUGUUUCGAAUUCAAACAAACAUAACAAUAAUAAUCCGGUUUCUUCCCCCCCAACAUAUAGAUUUUCAUCGUCCAUCACUCCUUUGAAUGGCGUUAACCGUUACAACUAUUUUACAACAGUUCCGCCAACUAUGUCACCUAUUUCUUCCUCAACACCAUCAAUUCAAUCGAGUUUAUUCCCAGAUUAUGGAGUAGAGGAAACCAUUAGCCCUAUUUUCACAAGUCAAACUACACUUGAAGGUUCCACUUCUCCGCCCUUAAUUUCUCAAAGUGCUUCUUCUCGAGGACUUUUGGCGAAUGCCCUUGAAGCUCAGCGAGUUUUAUUUGAAGCACCCGGACACCCAGCUCCACCUUAAAUAGAGAAUUUGUACAUGAGUGGAUGUAAUAAAUGAUUUUUUAUGAUGAUCCAUCAUGUUAGAACUCCUAAAAACUAUAUCACAUCGAAUAAAAUUAGAACAAACCUAAAAGUAUUGUAAACAACAUGAAGAACACUAGUACUUAAAUUGAUAGUUAAAUCUAGUAAAAUAGUUUAUGAACACACAGAACUAGGUCCUAUAAAGUUUCAUAGAAAGUUUUACCUGUAAACAGUAGUAAGAAAACUUGCCUCGUAUCAAGUGACUAAACAUGUGUGACUAAAACCACUUUUACACACACCCUUUUACGCAUAAAUUACCACAUAAGACAAAGAAUAUAGCAAAAUACGUUAAGUUUGUUAAUUGUUAUGGUAAUAAAUUAUGUUUUCGAAA